CGGAAAUAGUUUCGUAAACAUGGCGGCUUCCCGGUCACCCUCACCACUCUCACAACUUGUAUCUUAAUUUUGUUGUUUUCGACGUAAUUAAAAUAAAAAAUAAGGGCCUGGGUAGAUGCAGUGAGGAACCCGGUGUGAGUUGGGAGCUUUUGGCCCGAUGUGAGGAUGAGGACGGGCGGCGGAGCGGUAGGAGCCUCGCUGGCUUUCCUUCGCCUCCUUCGGCGCUGUGGCGUCCAGGCAGCGGGGAGCGGGGCCUCUGCAGGGCGGACACUGUGGUCGUGUAGGCGCCGGUCCUCGUCUGGACCACCGUGGAGGCUCCUGUUCUUCGGCUCGGAUCACUUCGCUGUGGAGUCUCUUAAAGUCCUCGAAGCUGACAGGAGCUCCAAUAAGGGCGUGGUGGCGUCCCUGGAAGUGGUCACGUUGAGCGGCAACGUUCCCGUGUCCAAGUUUGCUGAACAGAAGUGCCUUCCGGUCCACAGAUGGCCGCUGGGCGGCGUGGACGGUCGCUUUGACGUGGGCGUGGUGGUGUCGUUCGGGUGUUUGCUCCAAGAGAGACUCAUCGCCAAGUUCCCGCAUGGGGUUUUAAACGUCCAUCCUAGCCUCCUGCCGAGGUGGCGCGGCCCGGCGCCGGUUUUCCACACUAUCCUGCACGGAGACGCUGUGACGGGCGUCACCAUCAUGCAGAUCCGCCCACACAGGUUCGACGUGGGUCCCAUCCUGAACCAGGAACUCCAUCAAGUCCAGGAGAGGUGCACGGCUGAAGAGCUCGGCAACGUCCUCGCCGUCAAAGGAGCUCAGCUGCUCAUGGACACGCUGAGGACGCUCCCGCAGAAGAUGGCCGACAAGCGAGAGCAGAGCCAGACGGGGGCCACCUUCGCGCCCAAAAUCAGCUGGUCUAUGAGCUGGGUGGAGUGGGAGGAGCAGACGUGCGAGCAAAUCGACCGCUUGUAUCGGGCAAUCGGAUCAAAGAUCCCUCUGAGAACCACGUGGAUGGGACGCACCGUCAAACUGCUAGACUUCGUGGGAAAGUGUCACAUCUCCUUAGCAGAUCCCAGCGGGAAGUCCACGCCCGGCUCGGUGAGCUUCCAGAAAGAGUCCAACGUCCUCGCCGUUUGCUGCAAGGACGGAUGGGUGGGCUUCAAGGCGGUCCUCUUGAAGAAGCUUCUGACGGCGGCUGACUUCCACAACGGCUACUUGCACCAGACUCCGCCUCAUCAGGCCGCCGGGGGCGUGUUCUCCAGCAGGAGGGGCGGGACGGAGGUGUCUCACAGCGACACCGCGCUGCAGAAGGACACAAAAACAAACUGUAUUUCCUGAUGAGCAGUGGGCGGGGCAUCAAGGAACGUCAUGUUAGUGACUUUAUUUAGAAGUCCUAAUAAAUGCACGUACUCACCGCAAGGACACAAAA